GCUGCCGGGACCAUGCUGGGGAUGCAGCUGGCACUGCUGGUGCUGGUAUUGGCCGCCUGCGGGGAGCUUGUGGCCGCUCUGCAAUGCUACACCUGUCAGGAGCCCAUGAGCGUGGCCAGCUGCAUCACCAUCACCACCUGUCAUGCCAACGAGACCAUGUGCAAGACCACACUCUACUCCCUGGAGAUAGUGUACCCCUUCCUUGGGGACUCCACGGUGACCAAGUCAUGUGCCAGCAAGUGUGAGCCCUCAGAUGUGGAUGGCAUCGGCCAGACGCGGCCUGUGUCCUGCUGCAACACGGAGCUGUGCAACGUGGACGGGGCACCUGCCCUGGACAGCCCCUGUGGCCUGGCCUUGGUCAUCACGCUUAUCCCCAUCUUGAGCCUCCAGUUCUAG